CGCGUGAUCGCGCACAGGUAGUCGGCGCGCGCGCGUUCAUAUGCUGCUUCAGAGCGCAGGCGCGGAGGAGGCGCUGCCCACACUGCCAGAGCGCUGCCAGUCCCUCGCGGAGUCUACUGCGCCGCUGCUUCUCUUCAAGCGGCUGCCGCUGCUUCCUUCUCCUACUCCUCCUCCUGACAGACAGACAGACAGCCUGCCUGCCUGCUUGUCCGCCCGCCUUCCUACACAGCCCUGCGGACUGGAGCGCGCGAGCUCGGGAGAUGGUGCCUCCAGCCUCUCCCAUUUCAGCCCAGCUCCAGCAGCAUGCGAGCCCAGGGAGGACAUGACAGCGCGCGCCCCCGGCAAGGCAUCCCUCGAGCUGCCCGUCGCCGGCAGUCCCGUCCUGGGAGUUUACCGCUCGCUCUUUCUGGUGCUCGUGUGUGCUCUGUGCUACAGCAACUCUCUUCGAGGGGAGUUCGUUCACGACGAUGUGUGGGCAAUUCUCAACAACCCCGACGUGAGACCCGGCUCCAGCCUGGCCAACAUCUUCCUCAACGACUUCUGGGGCAAGCGAAUGGCCGAUAAUAGCAGCCACAAGUCGUACCGGCCACUCUGCAUCCUCACCUUUAAGUUGAACAUUCUCGUUUGCGGUAUGACACCAAUGUCCUUCCAUGCAGUGAAUCUAUUUUUGCACUGUGCAGUGACUGUCUUACUGAUGUACAUAUGUGAAAAGACAGUGUUUGAUGACAACAUUUUGGCUUUCCUCACAGCCCUGUUGUUUGCAGUCCACCCAAUCCAUACUGAAGCUGUAUCAGGAAUUGUUGGUAGAGCAGAUGUUCUGGCUUGUCUGUUAUUUCUCAUGACUUUUCUAUGCUACAUACGUAACGUCUCACCUUGCAAUCACUCAUCAAAUUUUCCUGCUACGGUAUCCUCAUGUUCUCUACUUCUGAGCUUGUUCCUGGGAACCUGUGCAAUGCUGGUUAAAGAAACUGGUGUCACCGUUUUUGGAGUAUGUGUGACUUAUGACCUGUUGAUUCUAUGCCAGAAGCAACUCAAAUUGUAUUUAUCAUCCUCCAAGAUUAAAAAUACCAUGAGAUUGUUUGGACCAUUUAUCAAAAGAGCUUUUGCAGUUAUUGGAUAUGUGAUUGUUAUCAUGUUUUUUCGCCUGUGGAUCAUGGGUGGAUCAAUGCCAUUGUUUUCUGAACAAGACAAUCCAGCUUCAUUCUCGCCACACCUUCUAACAAGAUUCCUGACAUAUUCUUAUCUUCUGGCCUUUAACGCCUGGCUCCUGCUGGCACCUGUGGUACUGUGUUAUGACUGGCAGGUGGGGAGCAUUCCUCUUGUGGAGACAAUGUGGGACAGUCGCAUUUUGGCUAUCAUCCUUUUUGGAGUUAUGAUGAUUUCUUUGUGCCUCCAUUGCCUUUUAACACUGCAGAAAUUGGGGAGCCGGGAAGUUUUAGUUGGAUUGUUGUUCCUGGUUUUUCCAUUUAUUCCUGCAAGCAACCUCUUCUUCAGAGUGGGGUUUGUCGUCGCAGAAAGAGUCCUCUAUAUGCCAAGCAUGGGAUACUGCAUUCUGGUUGUUCAUGGCCUAAACAAGUUGUGGUCUUUAGUGGGCAAGUGGGGAGCUGCUGCCCUCACAAUUUCAAUGCUACUGCUACUGUUGCUGUUUUCCUGGAAGACAGUGUGGCAGAAUGAAAUCUGGCUUUCCAGGGAGUCUCUUUUCAGAUCUGGAAUUCAGACUCUACCACACAAUGCAAAGGUGCAUUAUAAUUAUGCUAACUUCCUCAAAGACCAAGGGCGCUAUCCAGAAGCAGUCCACCACUAUGAAACUGCCCUCAAGCUGUACCCCCGGCACGCCAGUGCCCUAAAUAACCUAGGGACCCUAACCAAAGAUCCAGUGGAGGCAGAGCAAUACUACCGUCAAGCUCUUCACAUCAACCCGCAGCACAAUCGGGCACUGUUCAACCUUGGCAAUCUGUUGAAAUCAAAGGGAAAGGAGGAAGACACCGAACAACUAUUGAGGAGCUCUAUACAGCAUGGCCCCCAUUUUGCAGAUGCAUACUCUAGUCUAGCGUCACUCCUUGCUGAACAGGGACACUUUGAAGAAGCAAAUCUGGUAUAUCUGCAGGGAAUUAAAAGCUGUCCUGAAAACUCAGAUCUCCACAAUAAUUAUGGAGUGUUUCUGGUAGAUAUAGGAGAUGGGGAUCAAGCUGCAAAACAUUAUCAGCAAGCCAUUAGGCUUAAACCCAGCCAUUAUGUUGCCAUGGUGAACCUGGGAAGGCUUCUCCGAUCCUCUGAUCAGAAUAAAGAGGCAGAAGCGUGGUAUAAGAGAGCUUUACAGAUCACACGGAAGGUAGAAAUACUGACACCAUUAGGCGCUUUGUAUUACAACACUGGCCAAUACAAGGAAGCUCUACAGGUGUAUCGGGAGGCUGUGGCCCUUCAGCCUGACAAUAGUGAAGUAGGCCUUGCUCUGGCCCAGGUUUUAGCAAUGUCAGGCAAAACAAAGGAAGCAGAAAAGAUGACCCAGGACAUCAUCUCGAAAAACAAGGAUUGUAUUGAAUGUUAUCGUCUCUUAUCUGCAGUUUACAACAAAAGAGAGAGCCACAGCGAGGCAUUGGAGGCCCUGGAAAAAGCUAUCCUGGUGAACCACAAAGACACCAAAGUCAAGGCUGAGUUGUACUUUUCAAAAGGAAACCAGCUGAGGGAAAUGAACCUUCUUGACUUGGCUUUUGAGAGCUACAAACUGGCAGUGGAACUGAAUCCUGAUCAGUCUCAAGCCUGGAUGAAUAUGGGAGGGAUUCAACACAUCAAGGGCGACUAUGAUUCUGCUCGGACUUACUAUGAGAAGGCUUUACAGCUGACUCCAGGCAGCAAGCUACUUAAGGAAAACCUGGCCAAACUUGAUCGCAUACAAAGACGCAUUCAAGGAAACAAAGUUGAGAAACAUUAUCCACUGGCUUGACCAAAUCAGUCCUCAACAAAGAAGGAGAAACAUGCAGGAAUGCAGACUGUAAGAAGUUCACACAUUCUGAAGAGAUGGUUAGUUCAACCAAAGUCUGUGAGUGAAAUGUUAAGAAAAAAAAAAACAGCCUACGGCUUCAGCUGAAGAUCAGCAAUAAGGACAUGACAUGUUGUGUCAGACACACGGUCCUGAUUAUAUCAGCAGAAAGAAAUUCAAUGGCAAGUGCUGAGAAGCUUAUUUGGAUAAAUUCAUUGCUGUCUCAUCUCGUGUGACUUCUGACUGGGGGUGCUGUCACCUCUCACUGAGGACGUCAUUAACGCAUGCCAGUUAACAAAGUGUAGCAUUACUGCCCUAACAGAAGGCAUACGUUGGUUCCAAUGAGAGUCUCCAAAAGGGGGUAAAGUUGCUAAUCAUUUGUGGAUUUUGUAAAUUUCCAGCCCAUGUGUAUUUGGGAGUGUGAAAUGUCACUGUCAUUAUACUGUGAUUUCGAGUUUGUGUGGGCUUCACUUUAUUAGUACAGCACAUUUAUUUUUGGUUAUUUAUUGAUAUCAUUUUGCUUAGAAACUGUUUUUAAUUAUUCUCCUUGCAUUAGAGCUUUUAGAUACACUUAGACAAUUUGUUUAGAAAGCACGUUAUUCGCAGAUCCGUAUCAGAAUACAAAGGCACAAGCUAUCAGUCGAGUACCUUCAGCGGUAAGGCAUGGCAAAUCCUCGCUUCCCUCACCUCUCUGUGCCUUGUUCCUUCCAAAGCUACCUGCAUUGCGGUGCCUAAUGGCUUUAGCAUAACCACGGGAAGCAGGCCUCAAAAUGCACAGUGAACGUGACUUCAAAUCAGAUUGCUGAUGACACCGUCAUGUUUCAACGGAGAAGGGUUUGUUAUGUUUGUGUUACAGCAUUCCAGCACUUCCUCCUCCAUGAAGAGUUUCGAUUUGUUUUUGUCAAAAUUGAUUUGUAAAUAUUGUAUUUAUUUUUACACUGAUAAAUCUAUAUUUUUAUUUGAAAACUUAUAUUAGCAUGCAGAGAUUAUGUAAAAUAAUCAUGCACUAAAUCAUGGUAUCUCUGUUUACCUAUUUAUGUUAACUUAUAAAAUUAAAUUUGAUAUUGUUUUUAUAAAUUGUUUAUUAAUUAUAUAGUAUGUAACAUAGUGGACAGCAGUAUGUCCAAAACUGCAAAGCAAAACACUGAUAACUCCUAACCUCAGAAGCAGCGAUGCAGAAAAAAAGUUCAUUUUUGUGAUGAGUUCUUAACCCCCUUUGCAUCCACCUGGCACCCACAUUGCCAAGCUGCCCAGGUGCAUCUUGGGUUAUGUAGUGCAGAGUUGAAAUUGAAAUGAUAAGGGAGGAAAAGGAAAUGGCAGCAGACUCCCUGUAUGGUCCAGUCCUCUGGCAGUUUCAUUUUGCUUUUGUUUGCAGGUUGAUAUGGAUGUGGAAAGCUCUGCAUGGUUUUGUUCUUGACAUAUUCAGCUAGUAAGGGCUUUGAGUGCAGAUGGUGCCCAGGAAAAUGUGGCCCCACCACCAGUAAAGAAGGAAAGUUUAGGAGGGAAUAGGCAAAGGAAAUACUAGAGAGAGAGAAAAACAAGUCAUAAAAAUAGACAGCCAGACAAUUAUGUGAAUACUAAAGUGAGGAGAUUAGUGAUUUUGGGAAGAAUCAUUUCACAAAUUACUUGAGAGGCUUUCAGUGUUGAAAAACAAUGUAUAAGAAAAUCUUUUUUAUAUUUUGGAGGGACAAUGUAUCCCCUUUUUACACAACUCCAUUUACUUUCUAUACACAGCCAUCCCUGAUAAAUGAUUAGUGGUUUGUGAAUGCAGUUUGAUUUGUUAUCAUCGAUUGUGCAUUGCCUUUAGUAGUGAUGUUUGGCUACAUCAUAUCACCUCAGUGGAAAGUGAUCACUACUGGUAUGGCGGCAUUUCAUCACAAGCACAAGACAGCGCCUGGCCCUUUGUGUUAGACAGAGUCCUUCACCACAGAUUUGAUAUUCCAUGGAGAAAGCUUUCCCUGUCCUCUUUUUGUAAGACCUCAUUAGAUGUGUACAUGAAACUGAUUGUUCAUGACAGCUGCUCUGUUCACAGGCAGACAGCAAAGCCUGGCCUGUCUUGGUAAAAGACAGCACUAAUAUAUAGAGAGACUCUAAAAUAUCCAUCUGAUUAAAAAACAAAAUUCUAACAUCUGAUUGUAUUAUACAUGGAUUUUCUUACUGGAAAUCUCUAAUAUUAUCAUUCAGUUUUAGGCCAGGCAUUGAAGGUGUGUUUUAGUGACUUAAACAUAUGUGACUUUUUUACUGCCACUACAGUUGAUUGCAGCUAUCCAUAAAAAAAAAAAAAAUAAAUAAAAGCUAGACAUUAGUGUCAAAAAAUGUAUCUUACAUGGCUUUACUGUAUGAUCCACUGUCCUCCACAGAGGACUGAAUUGUGCCUAGAAUCAAACUCCAGAGCUCCAUGACCCUGUAUGGAAAUUUAAGGGUUCACACACUGAAUGACUGCGUAAAUAGUUCAACUCGAGCUGAAUAGUACCAGUCGUACGGAGUUGGACUAUAGACCCUCAACCAACUGGCCCCCCCUCAACCCUGAACUGGAUUAAGAGGGAUUGAGAAGCAUUAUUGGAGGGUCAUGGAGAUGAUGAGGAGUACGGUGGGCACUGUAGAGCUAAUUAUACUGGAGUUUUUCUUAAGGUUUGUUUUUGCCCCACAAAGUGUCAGGCAUCUGUGGUGGGCUGGCGCCCUGUCCGGGGUUUGUUUCCUGCCUUGUGCCCUGUGUUGGCUGGGAUUGGCUCCAGCAGACCCCCCGUGACCCUGUAGUUAGGGUAUAGUGGGUUGGAUAAUGGAUGGAUGGAUGGUGUCAGGCAUUGAGAGUGUCGCUGAACCAAUGCCACUGUAACAGGGAUAAAGCUAGAUCAGGUAAGCCAAUUAGUUUUUUUCAUUAAAUAAAAUGGAGUUGUGUAUUUUAAUGCAUCGUUGUUGACCAUGAUGCCAAAGAGUGGACAUGCAAGAAAGAAGUCCUUUGUGCACAGGUGGCACAGUAGUAGUAAAGAGAUCAUGGUUUCAUGUUGUGGGUCCACCCUGUGGAGAGAGCACUUUGAGUAGUGAUAAAAGCACUAUAUAAAUGUAAAUAAUUAUUUAGUAUAUUAUUAUUAAAUUCAGUCAUCCUGUCUUCCUAACCUUCCAAUUUGUUGGCAUAGAACAAUAGGCCUUUGCCUUCCUCAGACUUCAGAUUCAACCAUCUGUUGUAAAUACCCAUUUAAACAAUGAACUUAAUGUGGAAAUACCUUUGGAGGAAUUUCAUUACUCGAGGAAAUCACCUCUCAUUGUUUCAUCAUGAGACAAAUGGACGCAACUCUUUCAAUUACACUUUCCCCUGCACUUUGGCUAAAAAUUGCAUUUUGAAGCAAGGAAAUCAAAGAAAAACCAAGGAAUCACUGGAGCUGAAAAUAGCUUUGUUUCAGUAGCAUUUAAAAAUUAAACAAGUCCACCAAUGAGGCACCCAGGAAUAUCACCUUUUACAGAACACGUAGGGGAACUGUGGAGAUUCCAUGUCUCACAGACAUUCAGAAAUUAACUGUCAUCCAACAUUCAGGGCCGGACUUUUAAAAGACUGAUACAGUGUGCAUCAAAAAGGCCAGAGGUGGAUGGCAUGUUCUAUCCAUUUAAUUUUAUUUUAUACAUAACCCUCAUAGAGACCACCAUCCCAAAGAAUUGUAUUGUUGGUAUUACACAGAAAUUUAAAAACUGUUCACCCUAGGUUCAGUGAUAGGGAAUGAAUGGGCCAUUUAUGUUCAGUGGUCAAAGACUUCAGCAAAUAGGCCACAUUGGUAGGACUAAGCAUCACUGCAAAAAUAUUUAAAACCUGCAACAAACAUAUUGAAAAGGGCACUUUGAGGACAUUCCCUUCUUCAGUUGGCCUUGCAACACCUGGCACAGCCCCGGAGGAACUCUUAUCUGGUGCCGAGAAUAAAGGAGGCUGGCCGGGUCACUGCAAAAGACAGGAUGAAACAUUACAAAUACAGAGGUACUGUAGAUAGUGGUGGGUUACAGUGGUUUUCUUUUGUAAAAAUGUCACCUUUUGUUUGUAAAUGGGAAAUUAUAGUCAUACAAUUAGAACAGCUGGCAGACUGGACAGAAAUAGGGAGCAUGUAUUCUGAUUAUCACUUUUUGUGACGAUACUUGGUUCAGUCAAGGCGACUGUUUACUUCUUUAAGAUUGCCUCUUCUUUGUGUUCCCUUCAAUGAGAUCAUAAAAGUGGCUCUAACAUUGCAUGCUGGAAUACUAAAAAAUAAACAGUGCGAUUUAAUUUUGGUGAAAUAGCUCUUCAGCACCAAGGAUGGUUUAUUGUACCAAUGCUAAGUAAUCAGAUUUUUAGUUCUACCAAUAAGACGUGCUUACAAGUGGCGUUGAUUAUUUUAUUUUCUGAAGCUGUUUAUUUGAUUGAAAAUUUGCAAAGAAAUGGCUACCCUCCCAGCAACUGUUUGUGCAGGGCAGGACCCAACACUAGAUGGGUUGUCAGACUAUUGCAGGGCCAACAAAAGCCAACAGACACACUCAGUUUAAGAAGUUCUCUCUCACAUACACUUCUGGACACUCCUAUCUAACGAUAUCACGCAUCAUAGCCUUAAUUCAUGUCAUAAAUGUGUUAAGUCCGUUCAAAUCCUCCAAAUUUAUUUACAUUGAGGCAAGAUAAAUAAUCAUUAAGCACAUGCUGCCCUGAGUUCACUCUGGAAUUUUUAUCAAUCCAAAUGAGUAAGCUCAGUUAUUUCAAUUUAAAUUUGCUCAAAAAAAAUCUGUAGUUGUUGUACCCAAACCUUUACCAGAAUAAUAAUAAUAAUUCAUUUUAUUUAUAAGGCACUUUAUAUUAGUAGUAAAUCUCAAAGUGCUACUUAAAAAUAUUUAACAAAGACAAAACAAGAUAAACCAACAAUAACUAGUGGUACUAGAGAGGAAAUCACUUUCAAAAUUCAGGUUGCAAGUUAGCUAGCAGAAAUGUCUGUCAGAAUGUCUUCAAAGGAAAAUUAAUCCCACAAUUAAUCACUUCAGGGAUAAAUGGUCUGAAAAGUAUGGCUUUAUAAUAAUGUCGUGCCAAAUUGUUCAGCUGACCCAUGUGGCCUGCACUAGAACAGUUGCCGUCAUGUAGCAGUCCAAAGGGAGGUUUCACUGUCUUCACACACAUGAACGUUCAAGGACAGACAACACAGACAUGAUUUGAUGGAUUAUCAAUCCAUAACGGUGAACACUCACCCAAAAUGGGCCAAUUUACAGUUGCCUAUCGACUUAACAUGCUCCGUUUUGGAAUGUUGUAUGCCAGAUCCAAAGGAGUUGGAGAAAGUGCAGUGAACACAGGCAGAAUGCACAGUGGCCUCUGUUCAUAGCCACCACUAUUGGCCCCACCAUAUGCUGCCCCAGUGUCUCAGAUUUCUUUAGCACUUAUUUCUCUUUCUUGCUGCCAUACCUAACCAACCUAUCUCAGUCCCAGGCAGUCCAUGGUUUGUUAACUAAUUGUAGGCCUCAUCAGAAGGUCCAGUUAUUGGUCUAAUCCAAGCUUACCAAUUUUAAAGGUCAUGAUUCCAGAAACAGCUACUACUGGGUAUUGAUGAAGGUCAAAAUCUCUUAAUAGAUGUUCACAAAACACUGAAAUCUCUACAGUCCCCCACCCCCCCUAAACUGACCUCUGAUACAGUCAGCCUAUUAGUGAAAGUGUUAUGGAGGUUGACCAGGGUGCCACUACAGAGGGUGUGACACCUGCUUACGAUAGCCAGCAGCUUAGACAACAUCAUGUCUCUGCUACACUGCUAAGCAAUCCAAUCCAACACUGUCCUACCAAUGCCAUGGGACCUGAGCGGCCUUAGAAACUCAGUGGGCUCAGGCUGUCAGACACUACAGGGCCUUUUCCCACCUACCUAUCAAUCCAGCCCCCUACCUUUGAUAUUUUAUCCCCACAUUUGCCAUGAGAUUCAUUUGGAACCACAGCCUUCAGUAUGACAGGUGGGCAGAACAGGAGACAAAAAAAAGAGCCCAAAUUCUCAUGUGGGAUAAACAGAAUCAGCUGAACUACUAAGAACUGGACACAAGCAGAUGUAACAUAUUUGUGUGUUUGAGUUGAGUGGAAGUACUUUGACACUUUUUAAUUCUCUAUUACUUUUUUUAAGAGAC